ACUGCUGCAGGAACUAGACACAACAUGAGAUCAAGUUCAGCUGAAAGUCAGCAGAUAUGUCAUCCAAGACUCAAACACACAUCUUAACAUUAAGCUGAUUCUUCACAGUAGACUACCAUCGGAUGUUCACAGAGCUGUUCUGUGGAAAUCAUAGGGUUGACAGAAAAAUGUACGUUUAAUCCUAAAGAAGGAAUAGACAACCCAGUGAUGGUCAUCACAGAAGACGCAGACUCUGCAUCGACACCCAGCCCGCGUCUGUGUAUCCUGAAACGAGAAGAAGGGGAAUCUUUUGGCUACCAUCUGCGGGUGGAGAGGAGGCGCCGAGGUCACAUAAUCACAAAUGUAGUGCCAGGAGGGGUGGGGGGGUGCAGUGGCCUUCAAGAUGGAGACAGGCUUCUGGAAGUCAACAACUGCUAUGUUGACGAUGUUCCUCACCAUGAGGUGGCUAGGAAGAUAAAGCUUAGUGGACACCAGCUGUGUUUAUUAGUUUUGAAUGGGGAGGAGUAUGAGCAGGCUGUGUCCCGAGGUCAAGACCUCCGACGUCUGGCCAGAGCGUACACCGGGGAGGGCUGCAAAGCACCCAGACUCUGCCACAUCACCAAAGGUCCUGUCUCCGGCCUGGGCAUCAACUUCACCUCUCUGGAAGGAAAGAAAGGGCGUUUCUCUGUGAGCCUGGUUCCAGGAGGUGCAGCUGAAAAGGCCGGGGUGUGUAAGGGAGAUCACCUGGUGUGGAUGGAUGGGGCCACAGUGUCCGAUCUCACGCACUCCGCACUCAGCAGGAUGAUGAAAAAAUGUGGCGAUCACAUCACUAUCCUAGUGAUCGACAGUGAGAGUGAGAAGGAAUACAUGCGACAGAGGAAGCCCAUCCUGCCCACCAUGGCUGUUCCACAUAAGCUUCCCCACAGAGCCCGAACACUCCACCUGGUGUCUGGGCCGUCGGGGUAUGGCUUCCUCCUUCGGCUGGAAAAGGCGCCAUCAGGACGCACAUUUCAUGUUCUGCGGGAGAUGGACAGUGGCAGUCCAGCAGAGAGGGCAGGUAUGCGGGAUGGAGAGCUGCUGCUGGAGGUCAAUGGAGAGUCCGUGGAGUCCCUGAAGCAUGAGGAGAUUGUGGACAGAGUGAGACAGAGUGGACAACAGGUCUCCCUCACCACCAUCACUCUCCAGGGGCUAGAGUUUUACAGCCGGUUGGGUCUUUCACCUCUUCUCUUCUGUGAGGAUGGGGAUGUUGAGAGAGAAAAUGAGAGCAGCACAUCAGCCUCUGCAGCUGAGCAGUCGCCACAAAAGGAAAUAGAUGGCUUGCACAAGCCCAGGCACUGUACUCUCCACAAAGGCCCUUUGGGGUUCGGCUUUAACCUGGGCUGUGUUCCACAGAGUCCUGGGACCUUCAUCAGCCAGGUGGCAUUUGGGGGCCCUGGGCAGAGUGCAGGAUUAUGUGUGGGGGAUGUGCUGAUAGAAGUUAAUGGACAAAAUGUGGAGGGGAAGUACCUGGAGGAGGUGAUUGUGCUUUUGGAGGAAAAAGGACACAUUCUUUCCUUGCUGGUCAUGGAGAAGACUGGCUACAACAAGUUGAAAAAGAUUGACACACCUUCAAGAGAAAUCCCUGACAAAGAGCAGGAGGAAGACAAUUAUGAGAUAUCAGUUUUGUGAGCAACAAAGAUAUUCGCCCAUCCCAUAUGUCUACUGAAGAGAACUCUGACCUGAACCAGAAACACUUUGCCUGUUGUUAUUAUUUUAUUGUCUGAUAUUGCCUCAAUCUAAUACAAGGGUUUCACAAAGGAAUCCAAAAUAUGAAACAGAUACAAUAAGUUUUAUGAAACUGUGACAGUGUCAGUUGUGCCAACCCCAGUGUUGUAACAUGUGAUGAUGUAAUGUCUUUUGGUACCAUUUAAUACCUCUAGUGAUGGACAGUAGAACAUUCAGCCAACUACUGCCACCUUCAAUGUCAAUGAGAUAAAAUACAGAAUAAAUAAAAUCCUGAUGGGCCAUGAAUCUCUAAAUGCUAGAUGUAUUAUUGUACUAAUAAUGAAUGAAAACCAGCAGCUUUGUGGAAUCAGAAACACUUUUGGAAAGUAUUUUAAUUUACUUGUUAUAUGAAU